AUGUGCAGCCCUGCGCCGUUACUCUGUUUCCAUCUGAGUGGAGUAGUGCGAGCACCAGCGGCCAUCAGCCCCUGUUCAGCUGAACCUGAAAGGCUAUAUAGAGUUACAGUUUCAUUUGACAGGUGCAAGAUAACUGGGGUAACAUGCAGUUGCGAGGCGCGCGACAUCUUUUGGUGUCAGCAUGUAGUCGCCUUGGCCCUUUACCGCAUAAGAAAUGCGGAUUCAGUGAGGCUACGGGUUCCCAUAUCAGAAACCCUACUGCAGAUGGAUCGGCAGCAGCUCCAGAAGUUUGUACAGUAUCUAAUAGCGGAACAUCACACGGAGGUACUGCCGACCGCGCAGAAGUUGGCUGAUGAAGUGCUGCAGGCGCGUUCAGCUAUCAACAGGAUCUGUGGGGCUCCUGAUCCAACAGCGGGACCCCCGCCUGAUGCACAUCAUGCUUGGCAUUUGGACGAAAUUCAGGUUUGCGAACAAGUGCGGGCAUAUUUACUACAGGGAACAUAUUAUAACGCAAACAAGCAAUUAAACUCCUUAUUUUCGAAGGUCAGGGAGAUGCUCCGUGCGCAAGACUCGAACGGUCCACGUAUGCUUAUGUUGAUGACGGAGCAGUUCCUAUCAGACCCUCGGCUUCUGUUGUGGCGGAAUCAGAAUACCCCCAUGACAGAGAAAUGCAGACAACUGUGGGAACAAUUGGGUGCCUUAUGGGUAAGCAUAGUGCUGGACCCGGGUAGCAAUGAGUGCUAUAGAACACAGUGGAGGAAACUGUUAGAAAAAUGGUCUGCUGUGGAAGUCUGCCCUACGGAGGAUCCCGAUUAUAGGUCUUUUCCGUUGUACGCAAGAGAAAGGGAGAGAAAUGAGAGAGAUCGCGACAGAGAUCACAGAGAUAGAGAUAGAGAGAGAAGGGAAGAGAGGGACAGGGAGAGACUGAGGGAAAGGGAAGAGAGGGACAGGCAUAGAGAACGUCAGCGAAGAGAAGUCCAUUCCCACUCUGAAAGCUCCGAUGAAGAAUCUAGACCAAAUAACUAUGAACGUGAAUAUAGAAGAGCAAGCAAACGGUUAAGGCUACACAAUCAAAGAUCACAACCACUCACUCCACGGACGGUGUUUCAUAAAGCACUAGACGCGGUAGAUAUUUCAUGGGAAAAUGAUCACCUCAAGAACAUCCUCAGUUCAGACGAGUACUGUGACCCAGAUAAACUGGACAAAGCCGGCGCCUCCAGUACGUCCACCACCCUUCAGUGUUACCCCAAAUUCAACGAAAUUGGUCAACCUUUAUGGCAUGAACAUUUACCAGUAGUGGGCGCCAGAAUAGAGGCCUUACGUGCCCAUGGACGUGCGCCCGCUGCUCUUAGACUUGCUGUCGCCGCUGCUAGGGCCAUGAGACAUCGACAGGAAGUAGCGCAACAAAGAUGGCUAGACGCGGGUGGAGGGGAGGCGUCAGGGAGUAGUAAUUCCACCAACUCUAACUCCAGUAACAACUCGAGUAGGGAAUGUGGCAGCGAAUCGUGCGGCGGCCAAUGUGAUAGAGUGAAGUUGUCGCUGAUUUGCGCACAUAUGGACGCGGGCACGUGCUUAUCGAAUACGGACACGUGCGCGCUAUCGCAUACGCACCGAUGUAUUGGAAAAGACAGUAGGUGUUGGACGGGCUGGACGUUGGAGGCCAUCUGGUGCGUGUACGAAUGUCUGGCUGACGCGUGCCUGGCGCCGGACGACCAACGGGCGUCGCCGCGACUUCACACCUAUAUCGAUGAGGAGCCCAACACCGGACUUCCACCUCGGUAUCAACAUGUACCGGUAGCAGGCAGUAAGAACCCCGAAGAGACCUACUUGGCACUAGCAUUAGAAGCAGCUCUGCUUGGUCUUGGAAUGCAAAGGAUGCUGCCAAACGGACUGUACGCGCAGGAGAGGUAUUGUAAACAGGAAGAGAGAUUAAUAAGCCAGCUCCAGCGCGUUGAGGGUGAGGCAGCUGCGGGCGUAUGUGGUCGUGUAGCGCGGGCUCUAUUGGCGGGAGGACCCUCCUCCUGUCUCGGCACCAAGGUCCAUCCCAGGUCUGCUCCGGCGCAUACCUUCGCGAGGUUCCUGUUUCUGGCUCUGCUGCCUACUGACCCGGAUUUGGCGUAUCGGGUUGGAUUAAGAGCUAUGAGACUGCCCAUGGUGGAAGAGGCGUACGCGUUAGACGGGGGCGGGGCGGGCGCGGGUGGAACGGGGGCGUGGCAUACCCUACAGCACGCUGAGCAGCAGCAGGCGGCUUUGGCCAGUGCGCUCUUGGGCGCGGCCCGUGGUACGCCCAGUCGUCUACGCGCUGCGUUGGCGGCUGCGCAGCGCCACGUGCGCUCAGCUGCGCAGCUGUUCCGCCUCGCGCAAGAUGCGUUACGACACGCUGCGCCGCCAGACGCGCCUCACCACCAUCGGGAUCUGUUGGCUGCUGCGUUCGAGCUGGGUCUACAGGUGUUACGAAUGACGCUGUCAGCCGUGAACUGGCGACGUCGCGAGAUGGUCCGAUGGCUGGUCACGUGCGCCACGGAGCUAGGUCUCGACGCAUUACUGUCCAUUAUGCAGAAGUGGUAUGAACUAUUCACGCCCACUGAAGCUACUGGUCCUGUUGCGGCAGCCGCCAUGUCCCACGCCACGGCGCUAAGACUAGGCCUUAGCUUCGAACAACAAGAAAAACUUAGUUCCUGUGCGAGGACAUUGGCCUUGCAGUGUGCGAAUAAGGAUCCCCCUGGCUGCGCUCUUAGUGCGCUAUCGGUGUGUGAGGGCUCGGCAGGCGCGUUCGAAGCAGCGUGUGUAGCGGUGGGUGGAGCGGCGGCCAGAGGCGCCUUGGCCUCGAGCCAACUGUUCGCAGUGGCCCGGUAUAUGGAACAACGCGGGCAACCCGCCAGAGCGAUGCGGCUGGCAACACUGGCCAUGCGGAAUUUGCAUCUGCAUUAUAACCAGGAUAGUCAUCCAGCGAUAGCUGAUAUCCACUGGGCGGUUGCGCUGGCGCAUUCCUUGGGCCGAGCGGAACUUCAAGCUAUGUUGCCUUUACUAGUUAAGAACGUGCAGUGUGCGCCCGUACUUUCGGACGUGUUGCGGCGUUGUUGCGUGGCAGCAGCGGGUUGUUCGCGGUCGCGGCCACCGCCCCCGCGACCGCCUACGCCCCUACGUCCCCUGCUCGAAGCAGCGCUUCGGGCCUAUGCUUCUACCACUCACGCGCGACUCGCACAUAUAUCGCCACGACAUUAUGCGGACUUUGUCGACUUUCUUGGCAAAGCCCGCGACACAUUCGCCCUGGCCCACGACGGGCCGCACCAGUUCGCUGCCUUGUUACAGGAAAUCAAACUAAAAUACAAAGGCAAGAAGAAACUAAUGUUCCUCGUUAAAGAAAGAUUCGGUUGA